AUGACGAUCGUGCGACAAUUAAUUCGAAUAUUUCUUAUUGCUUUAAUAUAUAUAAUAAGUAAUGUUCAAACAAACGGUGUAGCAGAAUCUAGUGAUCCAACAAAUCAAGAAUUGGCGCUUUUGGAUUGGUCAUCGGGGAUUCAAAUAUUUUAUUGCACUGAUGCACCAUUCGAAAUUCUUGUUGAACCAUUUAAACAAGCAUUAAUACAAGCACUAAACAAAUUUUGUCGAAAUGCUACUGCAUGCCGUCUUGUUAAAUCUAACACUGUGGGCUGCCCAGAAAGUGUGGGUCGUGGGAGAAUAGGAAGAACCGAAGGCUCUGAUCCUUGUGCUCCAAUUUGUUGGAGGGUAUGUUCGGUGUUGCGGGUUACGAGUGUUCUCGAUGUACUAAUAUCAUUUAAACCGGAUUAUGUCGUUUUGCUUGAUGGUUAUCCGAAACUAAGUUACGGUACUGUGCAAUUUCGGUUUGUUAUUGUUUUACCGCCAAAUGCUGUACCAAUGGAUAACUUGAAGAAACCAUUCCUUACAAAGGAAAUCCUCUCAAACUUUCUCAAUGCAUCAAUCGAGGAAUUUGAAUGGAAAUUUGGGUGGAAAGUAAGCAGCUAUGAACGAUUCCCAAAAUUUGAUUCAGUAACAGAAUUCAUGAAUAUGGCUCUAAUUCCUAUUGGAUUCAUUCUUCUUAUACUAAUGCUCUUACUUGCUUAUUGGUCUUCUACAAUCAGUCGUUCAACUGGUGGAAGUGAGGAAUGGUUUGUUACGGGAACGAGCGGUGGUAAGAGCACAGCUAUGAAGAGAACGUUAGAAAUUAUUGAAGAGCAAAAAAUUUUAUUUGCUGAAAAGAAUGGACAGAAGGAGUCAUGCACUGCUAAACUUUCGAAGCGUUCAAUUCAGGCAGUUCCUGAAACUACGAAAAUGGAAAAACAUGAAUCAAACAAAGAUACUGAUACAUCCAAGAAGGAAAUAAUGGAGGAACGCAAUAGCAGGCUUUCGGUGGAAAUGGCACCAAUACAUCUCUCAGUAAUACAGUCUGAAAGUACAUCAACAUUGGGUUCAACUGCUGCUUUCAAAAAUGUCGGUGGGAGGCGAGUGUCCCAUCGGCGUCUGAGUUCUAUUGAUAACGGUAAUUUUAAUGUCAAGCGACAUCGCAAAAAGCGAUUUGCUUCAAGAACAAAGCGACUCACGCAACGCCAAUGGAAAUUGACAAGUAUGGCGUUGAGUGGAUUUGGUAAAUCCCGAAGGUACUGA